CGCAACACGUGUCUCUUGAAACUAUCCAGGAUCGUAGACCAGUUGGCCGAAUUGAGGGGGCACUUCGAGAUGGCGAGGUGCACUGAAAAGUGCUAUCUGGCAGAGAUGCUGCAUGGUAUGUACGAAUACCAGACCGAUCUGGGGAACUUGCUUUUCCUGAGGCCCAUCCUGAGAGGUUAUCCAGAAGCUUGGCUCAAGAAGUGCAACUUCCCUACAAAACGUCGUGGUUCUCCAGAAGACAUCACUUUUAUCGGCUCAAAACACUUCGUGCGUUCUGAAGGAGCCAGUGAUUCCUCUGCCGGAAGCAAUGGCAGUUCCCCCUGA